AUUAGAACCAGCUCCUCCCCAUCCCUUUAAAACAGUGUGCUUUUUGGUCCAGUGGUUAGAGCUAAAUGGGUACAUGGGUUACAGAACUCUUACCAUGGUUACUGAGUAUGAUAAAUUUCCCUGGCAUUCUAGUAUCAUCAACACACAGGUAAACAGAAGAUUAGUAGUUUCUUUCACCAGCUUGCUUUGCUCUGUUUUAAGACACCAUUUUAAAAACAGCUCAGUAUAAGAAAAAAACACCUUUUUAUUUAUUGGGUGGCCUCAUAGCAGUUGUUCUUCAGUUGUGCUUCACCAGGAGAUAUCCUUCUAUCAAUUUUUUACCUCCUUAAAUCAGCAUGUGAAGCAUCUCCUGCCAAAAUAUCAAUUAGACCAGUGGAGGAAGUUAUCCCGAUUCAUGUUCAACCUGAUUCCCCUUUCAUCUUUCCCUUUUGCCAUUCAGAGUGGGCUUCACUGAGGCUGACUUCUUCUGUUGCUGUGACGCAGAUCUCAUAUGUGAGGUGAGAAAGGAUCUUCCAGAAAAAAUGAGACCAGAGGUGUUUUGGGACUCAGAAAAGCGCCAUGAAAAAUACAGAGUGCGCUUCACAAAGGCUGGCUCCUUCUAUUGUUUAGAUACGGAUCUCAUAUGUGAGGUGAAAGAAGCUGUGACCGUAACCUACCACUUUGAUUCGUGGCCUAAGCACCUGGAAGGACAGACCACCGAGGAGUGGCAUGUUGCUGGCCCUCUGCUCAACAUUGAAGUGGAUCCAGUGGAGGCUGUGUCAGCCGUUCACUUCCCUCAUUUUCUGUGUCUUGAAGGCGAAGACAGUUCCCAAGUCCAUAUUGCUCACUUUGUUGAAGAAGGGAUGGUACUGGAGAGGCCAGACAGAGUGGGACCAUAUCAUGUUGUGUUGGAAAAUCCCACCUUCUCUCCCCGUGGAGCCAUUUUCAGAAAGUCAUGGUUUAAGCGAAAGAUUAAGGUCCACACUGUGGCACUGCUCUAUCAAAUGCUUCGAUUCAAGGCACCAACAUUUCACCUAUACCUCCUACCCAAUGACUCUUCUGUGAGAAAGGCGGUUGAUGAACAUGAAGUAAAUUGUCCUUCACACAGAAUAGAGAAACCCCCUCGGACCCUGAAACCUCUGACGAUUGGCUCUCGCUUCUUUGUGGAGACGAAUGAUGUCACUGUCUGUCCUGAGGAACUGGAGUUUCAAUACCUGGAUGCAGAGAAGCUGCAGCAAUACCUAGAACUGUCUGCUGAGCAAAUACAAGACAAGUUCAGCUUCUGUCUGAUAGAGAAGCACACAAAUAAGCUUGUUUGGAAGGCUCGUGUGAAACAAGAGGAGUUAAAUUCAGAUGAGAUGAAUUCAACACAAGCCUCUCGUGAUGGCACACUCACCAAUGCACCACCCAGAAGAACUGACUCAGGGCAUGGAGUGGAAAGCAGAGCGAUGGUGAGGAGCAUCAGAGACUCCCUGGUGUCUACUCUGGAGAACUUGGGUGAGGACGAACUCAAGAAAUUCAAGCUCAAGCUCCAUGAGUUCCCUGUCAGUGAGGGCCACGACAACAUUCCUCUGGGGCGGCUGAAGAAGGCAGAUGCCAUGGAUCUGAGCCAACUCCUCCUGAGUUUCUACAUGGAGGAUUAUGCCGUGCAGGUGACAGCUGAUGUCCUCAGAGCUAUCAACUGCAGGGAUGAGGCAAAGAAGUUCCUCAGCCUCACUGGGUGAGAAAGGAGGAGUCCCAGCUAGUGGAAUUCGUUGUUAGGUAGGGCAAAUGGAUUGUCACCUACCCCAGCCCCACACCACCCUGUGAGUGGAGGGAGAUUAGGAAUGUCACUUGAUACUAAACCAAGCAAAAAAUGCCUCUGGUUUUUUAAAGAUUGAACUCCUAAAUAUCUUUUUAAGCUCUUCAUAUAUCAUAAUCCAGAACUGUUUCACCACUUUGCACCCCCACCACAUAUAAUACAUCGUCCCCACCUCUGUUUUGCAUCUCCAACGGAUAUUUGAUUGUUUUUUAUACAUUUUUUAUAGUUUCACUGGGGUGAGGUACCAGCAGUAAAACAUCUUCAUUAUAUUUUCCUUAAUCGAAUAGCACACUGUAAAAUUUAUAUCAGUUUUCCAUAAUCUUUCCCUUCUGUCUAAAUGAAUUGUCUGGCCCAGCUCUUGUGACCAUUUUAUCAUUGGUUCUUUUAUUACC